AUGGCUUCCUUAGAGAUGAAUGACCUGAAAAAGAUUGGGCUAGGCUUGACUGGAUUUGGUGUCUUCUUUACAUUCCUGGGAGUGAUAUUUGUGUUUGACAAGGGACUCAUCGCCAUGGGAAAUAUUCUCUUCGUAGCCGGUGUGACUCUAACCAUUGGGAUCAACCCAGCAAUCCAAUUCUUCACAAAACAGCAGAACUUUAAGGGAACUAUAUCAUUUGGUUUGGGUUUCUUGUUGGUUGUGUUUGGAUGGCCUAUUUUCGGUUUGCUUCUGGAAUCAUAUGGGUUCCUUGUGCUCUUCAGUGGUUUCUGGCCUACACUCGCUGUCUUCCUUCAAAGGAUACCUUUAUUGGGAUGGCUUUUACAGCAACCAUACAUCAGAUCGUUGCUUGAUCGCUACCGUGGAAGGCGUGUCCCUGUCUAA